AAUUUACCCCAAAAUUAAAAUUGGCUGAACAUUUACCAGCCCACAGGAUUUCAAGACAUAUAUGAAUUUGUUUCUUAAUUGGAAGGGCGUUAUUAUGUAUCAUGGACUUUAUUUUGAAUAGAAGCAAUUGUUUAAAGUUAAAACGACUUGAUGGAUUUAUUAUUAUUAUUUAUUAUUAUAAUUUUCUUUUACAAACACAGUUUUUAUGACAAGAGGUUAAUUGAUGGAAGGAAAUUUGUGAACUACUUUUGAGGAUCCAUUGGUGAGCAAAUGACGUGAUGCAUUUCUCCAAAUGUGUAAUGAGGAAACAAACACAUUUACAUGUUGGAUGGCAUGAUGGUGGAUAAAUUAAAAAUAUAUUUUUCAUUUUCUGGUGAACUGUUCCUUUAAGGCAAAUCUCAAAGAUCCUUACUAUAGCAAAAUAAAUUAAAGGUGCUGAUCAAUACACAUCUACUACACCCAACGCUAAAACUAACCCGACAGCAUUGACAUCUUUAGAAAUCUUAUAUAAAAUCUGGUGUUACAACACCUCCAAGUUUACAACUGUAGGUUAGGCUCAUCAGUUCUGUACUGUAUCAAUUUACCUGAAAGUGAAUUAUCAUUUAUAUUAUUAGUUACAAACUAUUAGAGAGAGCUGCUUAAAGAAAGCAAAAUGUCCUUGCAUGAUAGCAGUCAAGGAGCCAGUGGCCUGACAGUUUUUUGUUCUAAAAUAGCUUUGUUGAUUAAUGGCCAUGUCAUUUUCUAUAUGGGGAAAAAAAGGAUAGGGAGUCAGGGGCACCGAAGGGCAGGGAGAUAAGACGUCUGACGGCCCUCAAGUGACUAGACACAAUUCCGUUCCACUCAAUAUCAUAGAUUUUUCAUGUAUAAUCAAUGCAGUGUAAUUUUGGGGGCAUUUAUGGCACUGAGGUCAAUGUCGUGUGGAACACAAUUGCACCUCUGGGGAUAAAACGCUCUUGCUUUUUUCCUUUGCUUGCAACAACACUAAAAACAGAGGAAUAUAUCUAGUUACUGCAUAUAGCAUUCGGGCUAAAUUAGAGUCAGAUUUUAUGUUCAAAUAUUGAACCAGCUGUCAUGUUAAAGCCAUUGACAUCAAUCUUUUUACCGCUUUUAAAAAACAACAUUGUGUGGGAUUUUUUAAAAUUACAUUUUAUUUCUUGCAUUUAUUAACAUUUAUUUAUUAUAUAUUUAAUUUAAAAAGAAUAUAUAUUAUUGUUUUGGCCAAAUGUAGACAUCAAUGCAUGUGUACCUUUAUAGGUUUGUUUUUGGCUCUGAAACGCUGUCUCCUAUCUCAUAGUUGACUUGUGUCUCCUUUAAUAAAGCAUUGAUUAUAGGGAAAGUGACAUGAGAAUUAAGAUGCAGAGUAGGUAUCGAGUGACUUAUAUGCUUUCUCAACUGCAUAGUGGCACAAAAGAAUCUCCUGUUGCCCCUUCAUCCAUAUCUCCAAUCAAACUUGGCUUGUUUCAGACUUUUGGUUUAAUCUUGAGGGGCUUUAGUGGCUGUCAACAAAAAGCUAUUGUGUCUUAAUUAUAACCUCAGAAAUGAUCUGACCUGUCCGGUGCCAGGUGCAGUGAGGUGUGCAAAAGCUUGCAUGCCAUGACGUCCCAUUGGAUAAGGAAGAGAAACACUAGAUGCCCAUCGUGAUCGGAUAAGUGGAAAAUAACAAUGUUAGAUCUGAAAAAAAAAAGGCAGGGAAACUUUGGUAAAGACCUAAUGGAAAGUUUUUCCCUCCCCUCUUGGUUUUUGAGACUUCUGGGUACCCUAAAAAGGGAGCAAUAUGAGCCCCAAGCCUUUUUUUUCGGACUUUUUACUUUUUCUCGUUUUUACUUUACUUCCCACACCACCCCUGUGAGUCUGAGCCCAUUUGGAAGGUUACUGUUCAAAGUCAGCAUGGAUCAUCCAGGAGGACACCUUGCUGUGGUUCUGCUCUUACUUGUUCUGGUUUCUAUGUCCACCGAAAACAACAUUAUCAGAUGGUGCACAGUAUCUGAUGCCGAAGAGCAAAAGUGUUUGGAUCUAGCUGGGAAUGCCACAGCCAGGAACAUCCGCGGACAACUCCUGUGUGUGAGGGGACAAAGUCCCACUGACUGCAUGAAGCAAAUAAAGAAUGGCACUGCAGAUGCCUCUACUAUGUAUGCCGACGAGAUCUAUACAGCUGGGUUUUGCUAUGGCUUAGAUGUGGCUGUUGGAGAGUCUUAUAACGGUGUGGAUGGCAUUAAUUAUUAUGUGGUUGCAAUGGCACGGACAUCGUCCAGCGAUCUGUCACUGCUGGAGAUGCAUGAACGCAGUUCUUGUCACCCAGGGAUGCGGACUACAGUGGGCUGGACCGUCCCCAUCGGCUUCUUGGUCAAUACAUCACAGAUCAGCGUGGAUGAGCAGUGCAACUUUCCCCAUGCGGUAGGAGAUUUCUUUGGCUACAGCUGUGUCCCAGGAGUGAAGGAUCCAGAACAUGAUCCCAAAGGAAACAACCCAAGGAACCUGUGUGAGGCCUGCAUUGGGGACGAGAACGACCGCCACAUCUGCGCCAACAACCCUCGGGAACGGCACUUCGGGGAGGCUGGAGCUCUUAGGUGUGUGGCCGAGAAUCUUGGGGAUGUUGCGUUUGUUAAGCACACUACAGUCUUCGACAACAUGCAGGGCAAGAACCAGGAGUCCUGGGCGCUGGACCUGGAGCUGGAAGACUUGAAACUUUUGUGUCCUGAUGGGAGAGAAGCUGACCUGUUCCAACAUGAGAGCUGCCACCUGGCCGUGGUGCCAACCAAUGCUGUGGUAGUGCGUUUGGAGGACAAAUGCCGCGUUUACAAGUUCUUGGAACGUGUGCAGAAUGCAUUUGCUAAUGCCACUGAAGGAUUCUCUCUGUUCAGCUCUGUGAAUUAUGGGCAACCUGAUGUUAUGUUCAGCGAUUCCACCAAAAAGCUGCUGCGUGUUAUGGGAACCUACACUUCCUGGUUGGGGCCCAGUUACACAACCAUACUGAAGGCUUUUGAGUGUGAAGGUUUGUGUUGAUCUGAUGAGGAAAGAGGAAACUAUAGAUCUCCCCUCCAUCCUUCUCACACUAACUCUAAAGCACUCUGUGUAAAGUGUGUUUCUCUCGUAUAUGGGCUGAACGCCAGCUCUUGCCUGUGCUUUGUAGUACUGCUAUUACUGAUCUAUUCUCACAGUGUUUGUAUGGCUUCAUAUAUCACAUUUACUUGAUAUUACACUUCUUUGGGUCUUUGUUCCUGCCAUGUGAAAAAUACAAAAAUAAACGUCUAUGCAGAAAAGUACUGCAGAGGAACACACCACAAAUCAUGUAGGAAUUCUGCCCUAGUAAAUCCAAGUAAUCUCAUGACAAACCAACCGAGGGAUGCAAAAUACACAUUCUGCGUUCAGGGCCAAAGCAUACUUUGUGCAAGUACAUGAACGCAAGUGCUUUUAGUUAAACAGCUAAAAAAUUAUUUGCAUGGAGUAGCAACACAUAUUUUGUAUUUUACAUCAAAUGUUUUUCUCUCAGAUCA